CUCUGAGCGGUCCGGAUAGACAUAUAAAGAGGCUCCUCCUUCUCGAGAAUUGGACAUCAUCUCAGCAGGACAGACAGACAGCAAAUACCAAUUGACUUCGCUCUCUAUCACACUCCGCAAUGCAGCAACGCGCGCUUCUUUUCUCUGCCCUUUGGUCGGUCGCCCGCGCCCAACAGGCCGGAACGCUGACCGAAGAGAAUCACCCUGCUUUGACCUGGCAGAAAUGUACGUCUGGUGGUAGCUGCACGGAGCAGAAGGGCUCGGUUGUGAUUGACUCCAACUGGCGCUGGCUUCACGACGUCGAUGGCAGCGAGAACUGCUACACUGGCAACACCUGGAACGAGGAACUGUGCCCAAACAAUGAGGCCUGCGCUACCAACUGCGCCCUGGAUGGUGCUGAUUACAGCAGCACCUACGGUGUGACCACUAGCGGCGAUGAACUUACCCUCCAAUUCGUCACUGGCGAGAACGUUGGCUCUCGUCUGUACCUCAUGGACAGCAGCGAUGAGAAGUACCAGGAGUUCGAUCUCCUCGGCAACGAGUUCACCUUUGACGUGAACGUCGCCGAACUUCCCUGUGGAUUGAACGGUGCCCUGUACUUCACCUCGAUGGACCUCGACGGUGGUGUUGAGAGAUACCCCGAGAACAAGGCCGGUGCCAAGUACGGAACUGGCUACUGUGACUCUCAAUGCCCUCGGGACUUGAAGUUCAUCAACGGCAAGGCCAACGUGGAAGGCUGGGAAGGCUCUGACAGCGACGACAAUGCCGGUGUUGGUGGAUACGGCUCGUGCUGCCCCGAGAUGGACAUCUGGGAGGCCAACAGCAUCUCGAGUGCCUUUACUCCUCACCCCUGCGACAGCGUCAAGCAGACCAUCUGCGAGGGCGACAAAUGUGGUGGUACCUACUCCAGCGAACGUUACGCCGGUACCUGCGACCCCGACGGAUGUGACUUCAACUCCUACCGGAUGGGCAACAAGACCUUUUACGGCCCCGAAGGCACCGUCGACACCUCGGAGAAGAUCACCGUCGUGACCCAGUUCAUCACCGGCGACUCCGGCUCCCUGUCUGAGAUCAAGCGAUUCUACGUGCAGGGCGGCAAGGUGAUCCCCAACUCCGAGUCUGACAUCCCCAACGUCAGCGGCAACUCCAUUACUUCGGAAUUCUGUGAUGCCCAGAAGGAGGCCUUCGGGGACGACACCAUCUUCCAGGACCACAAGGGUCUCAGCGCCAUGGGUGAUGCGCUCGGCUCGAUGGUUCUCAUCAUGAGUAUCUGGGAUGACCACUACGCCAGCAUGAAGUGGCUUGACAGCACCUACCCCGACGGUGCCACCGAGUCCACCCCCGGCGCUGCUCGUGGUACCUGCGAGCCCGGCGUCGGAGACCCCGAGAAGGUUGAGUCCCAGCACGGCAGCGCCUCCGUCACCUUCUCCAACAUCAAGUUCGGUCCCAUCGGAUCCACCUUUGAUGCUCCUUCUUCUUAGAUGAGAGAUUCUGAGGGUU